AUGGACGAGUCCAAGAUCAAGUCUCCGACGGAGAAUGAUGCUCUCCCAUCCAGCCCUCCCAAGAGACGCAAGCUCAAACAUCCCCGCACAGCAAGGGCUUGCAUGUUCUACGAAAAGUGCGAUGCUCAGGCACUCAACCCUGUGAUUACUGCAGCGGUGAAGGAGUUCGCUGCGAGUAUGAUGACGGUGUCGCGAGGCCACCACCUAGGGCUUUCAGUCAUGCCCCAAUCUCUGGCCCAAACAUCCAUCCAGUUCCAGGAAGUUGGCAUUCGCCUGGCGGCCCAGCAGGCGAACGUGCAAACGCCACUUCCUCAAUCCCGCAAUCGUCGAACCGGGCAGCCAUCAUAUCCCGCGAGCAUACACCCCAUAUGUCCCGCGGCCCAUCUCUGGAACCGACCUUUGCUGAAGGCCACCAUAUUGCCGCAACAGCGGGAGUAUCCUUCCUUUAUCAUUCAUGGAAUCGAGGUUCGACAAGACCAGCCGUUCCCCAAACGAGAGGAGGCAGAUGCGCUUUUGGAGCGCUACUUUCGUUUUGCAACGCCAACCUAUCGCUUCCUCCAUCGGCCAACGCUCGAAAAGUGGACAUCUCAACUGUUGUCAGGGGCUCGUAUGUUGACCGCGGAAAUCGCCUGUACCCUGUUGGUGUUCUCGCAGUCGCUUCUGUAUACGAGAGAGGGCGAUAGAUACAUUGACGGCGAGGACCAGGACCUCAACCGGAGCCAAUUCUAUUUCGAGAAGGCCAAGUCACUUCUUAAUCAAGAGCCUGGACCAGCCUCCGUUACGAGCGUCCAGGCCAGGCUUGCCAUGUGUCUGUACCUUCUGAGUACUUUCCGGAUCAACGAAUGCCGAUUCUGCUUCAGUCUAGCUUGCACGCUCUUGACAUCCAUUGGCCUGCAUAGGAAGAUUCCUUCCGCCCACAGGCUAGAUCUAGUGACUUUGGAGUCGCGCAAACGCACAUUUUGGUGCGCUUAUGUUUUGGAUGAUUAUCUGAGCGUCAUGCUUGGGCGGCCGCGCAUGCUCCGCGACGAGGACAUCGACCAACCGUAUCCUCGGAACAUUGACGAUCAAGACUUGCUGUCGUCCGAAUCGCCCGAGGACCUGCCCUUGCAUGGCAACCUGGAAGCGUUCAUCGCUCAUGCGGAUCUCGCGAAGCUAAUGGGACGCAACAGCGAUCUCCUCUAUCCGAUCCAACCACUGUCCGAAGAUCAGCUAUUUGACCGUACCAACAGCAUGCUCGAGGCCACGCUGGAGUGGAAAGACAGUCUCCCUGACUUCCUCAAACCUCGCGAUAAGACACUGGCUGGACAGCGAACAUUCGAGCGCCAGAACACCGUCUUGAAGCUGGCGUAUGCACAUCUGCGGAUUCUUGUCACUCGGCGGUGCCUGCUCGCAGACUUCAGUCGCCUUGGCCGGAGGGCGUUGUCGGUCCUAGACGAGAGGGCUUUGAACCCUAUUCGGGAAUGUGCCAGUGCCAUAAGCACCAUCCUCAAUACCACGUGUGACUUGAUUCAACGGGCUGCCAUGUACCAGUCCUUCUGGUUCACCCAGUAUAUUGCUCUCGUCGCGGUAUCUACCUUGUACGUCUUCGUCAUCCAAAGCAGCCGCGCCAACAUUCCACCAGGUGUCUUUCCUGACAUGAACGUGUUCUUCGAUAAGGCUAAGCUUUGCCAGGACCAACUGGCCACGAUGGCACCAGAAGGCAGUCAGGCACGGCGGCACUGUCAGCUGCUGAGUCGGCUUCGGCUCCGUGCCGAGAAAGAUUCGGCGCGAGCGAAAAGAAGCAAUGGAAGGAGGACGUCGGGCUUGGAGCAGGCAGCGAUCUCGAGGAUGGCAGCGUCUCACGAGUUCGCGCCUCCAUCGACGACAUCACACCUGACCUCUUCUUCGGAACCAGCAGACUCCCAGAGCAUCACAGGGCCUCGGCCACCCCACCUUGACUCGACUUCUGAGAAACCUGAAUAUGCCAACGACGCGGUCCGACCCGGGGUCGAAAGCGGCCUGUCUCGCAUGGAUGGGGAUGUGGAUGUGGACGCGGCGCUCGUGGGCCAGUUCACGCCGUCCGACGACGACUUUAUGUUUCAGAACCUCCUGGGCUGGGGCUGGGAGAGUCUGGACACGGUUGGGUUUCCUGGGGAGGGGGAUCUGUUCAGCGUCCAGCCAUGA